AUGGGUAAACGUAAAUCUAAACGAAAGCCACCACCAAAACAAAAACGAGUUGAAGCUCUUUCUCUUGUAUUUCCAUGUCCGUUCUGUUCGCAUGAUCGUUCAUGUGAAGUUAAAAUUGAUCGAAAAGCAAAUGUUGGUACAAUUGAAUGUCGUAUGUGUUUAGAAACAUAUUCAACACCAAUUCAUUAUUUAAGUGAACCAAUCGAUGUAUAUAAUUCAUGGAUUGAUGCAUGUGAAGAGCAAAAUCGAGAUUAA